CGUGCUCGCAAUAUUUCCAUUUUGGGCAAGUUUCCAAUCUCGGAAGUGGGACAGCAGAGUCGUAUGAACAUCAUGGCACAUCAAUAAUGGCGCAGUUGAGGUUCAAUUGGCCUCGGAACCAAUCACAGUCCCAAUAGUGGGUGGGAAAUUGUCCGUCAUUUGAGGCUUGUCAUGCGGGCUUACCUCCACGGUAGCUCUAGAGAAUCAGCUUCACUUGGUUUGAAUCCUAAGGAAGGCGUUUACAAUACUGGAACCGUUUACCUUGGCAACAAAGAACGUCAUGGAGACGGACCAGUUUAUCCCAUGCUCGAGCAAGAAUAUAUAAGUGUAGCCAAAGCUGCCUUUUGUGUCUGCAUCAAUCUAGUCCAUUGCCCGUCUUCACUUUCCCACAUUUUCAUCACCCAAACGUUUUUCAUAAUGCACAACAUACUUUCACUCACGGUUCUGUCCAUAUUCCUCAAAGUCGGUGCUUGCUACACGCUUCCAGAUACUUUGCUAGGUGAUCACGCCAGUCACCCUCGUAGCAUUAUCUCAACUCGCAGCAGCAGUAACUCGUCUGACUGCACCUUCGACUUUUUCGAUCAGCAGAUUGAUCAUUUCGGUCAAUACAAUGGCACUUUCAAACAGCGCUACAACAUAAUCACUGAAUUCUUCAAGCCUGGCGGACCCAUCUUUUUCUUCCAAGGAGAGGAAAGUACAGAACUGGACUGUGUCAAUUCGACAGUGUAUUCGAGCUGGGUAAAAGAGCUCAAUGGUAUUGCUGUCAUCUUGGAGCACCGAUACUUUGGCGAAAGCGCACCAUUCGGCGUCACAGAUCCUACAGAUCCAGCCCAGCUUCCCAAAUUCGACUAUCUGACUCUCGACAAUGUUAUGGCCGACGGUGCAUAUUUCGUCGAAUAUCUCAAGAAGAAUAUUUCAGGAGCCGAAGAUAGCAAAGCAAUAGUUGCGAGUGGUUCAUAUGGUGGCUUUCUCGCCACUGUCUUCCGACAAAACCACCCCGAAGCAUUCUAUGGCGCGAUUGCAUCUGCGCCCCCAAUUGAAGCUCUAUCCAACAAGACGACAGACACUGAUCGCUUUAAUUGGGGAAUCUGGUUGAACAACGUUUAUCAAGACAAAUCUUAUAAAGCUUCGCAAAAUAUCAAGAACGCAUUCGCUGCUCUCGCGGACCGAUUCGCAACCAACAACACUGAUGGACUAAGGGAAGAAUUGAGCCUGUGUACACAGCCAACCUCCCUCUACGAUCUUUCGUUGAUUAAUGCUAUUAUAUCCAACAUCUAUUCAGAUUCUGCGGAAUUUAAUUACCCCAUUUCUCGACCAGGGAGAAGUUCAAUAGCAGCACCACUUGAGAAAGUAAUUGACUUCGCACUCACACAGAAUGAUCCUAUUCAGAUCCUUAACGAAACGCUCUCCAUGUGGUAUGGUCCUCCUCCAGGUCUCGAUUUACCAUGCAUCGAUUGGGCAAAUCCAAGUUUUGCACUCGCGGCUGUUCCAUUGAUCCAGUCGCCCAUAUUUACUUACCUGACGUGCAAAUACUUCCCCCUAUUUGGCGCCGGAGACAUGCCCAAUGGUACCAUCUUCCCAGCUACAGAUAGCGGUCAAUUUGGAAUUGAAGCCUGCGAUACAGUCUACAAUCUGUCUACGCCCUUAGCAGAAGAGCUUCGCACCAAGUAUCGAUAUACUCCUGCCGAUCUCCGUAACUCGACCAGAAUCAUCUGGUCAUUGGGACAGUAUGACCCGACGAGUGGCUUCUCGCCAACCCAGCCGGGCAUCAAUGCUCCGGUCUUGACUGCAGAUAGAAAUGUUUCGCGGAUUCUGUAUACGACCGGAAUGGCACACAGGGAGGAUCUUUUUGCUCCCGAUCCGAGCGACAAGGAGACUGUUGUUGAGGCAAGAAAUAUUGAACUUGAGUCUAUUAAGGGUUGGUUAGGAUUCGACUGAACUCGGAAGCCUCACAGCGAAGCGGCGAAAGUAACGAUGAUGUAGUCACUUUGUUCUCA